AUGGACUCUAUUCGCCUCGACUCGCUCCACGAGCCAUUGCCACAGAUAAACUCACUGGAAGCGACUCCGAGCUUUGACGAAACCGUUAUUGAGCUGGUCAAAUCAGACCUUAUUCCGCCUCGUCGCGUCACUCUCUCCACAGAAACACUUCGAGAAACUUCACCGGACUGGUUCUCUUUAAACACAUCCCUGAGCGUUGAGAUACCGGACAGCGUCCAGCUUGUACCAAGAUCAUGCUACCAAGGGUUUCAACCCCCUGAUGGCCUACUGAAUUUGCCAGAAUGGAAGGCUGUUCAGACUCUUACCCCAGCCUUGGCGGAAAGCUCGCAAGACUUUGACGAAAUCCUGCUGGACGACUUUGCGAUUUACCUUGACAAGGAAACAUGUUCACAAGAAAUGCGAUCCUUGCACCAGCUCAAUACCAAGAUUGGACACAACGACUUCUACUUUGACGGCGUCGUCAGCGUUGGCGAAGCCAGGGCAUACGUGCGCCGUAUCCCCAUCAUCGCUGUCCCCAUUGGCAACUAUGGCUCAAUCUCUUACCACACUGUCCGAGACAACAUCUGGCUGCAGUCUCCUCUGAGCUACAAACGAGAGUUAUACUACAGGUUGGGAAAACCGGCCAAAGAGUAUGCACGCUUCUUUUACCCAUUCCUGUGGGUGGCGGACCUGGCGAAGCACUUUGUAGACUUUCUCUCCAUUAUGGCAGAAAACGAGCGCAGUGUUUCUAUACAUCACUUUCGGUCGACUUUUGCAGCUUGGAUGAAGAAAAGCCACAAGGAUUCGCCCGAGUUUCUCAGCUGGCUGCGUCAACACCCGAGCGAUGACUACCGGACCUCGAUAGCCGCCAACAUUGGAUUCCUCCACAAAGAGACUCUGGGGGUGUUGAACCACCGAGAGGCGUAUUCCCAUGCUAUCUGGGCCGAGAUCUGUGAUUUCCAGUCAUUCAAGGCCAUCACAAGCCAACCCAAGAUUGAGAAUCCGCCGACGAUUGUCACGCAAUACAUAUAUGACUGCUUUGAACAUCUUCCGUUUGGCGAUCGCCUUCUAGUUGUCCCCUUGAGCUCGCGGACCACGGAGCUACGCAACAGCUUGAUCCGACAACGGCACUUGGAGCUUCCGUCGAAGCUGCACCAGACAUCCAAAGACAUCUCUACAGCUCCACAAGAGCGAAUCAAGAAUAUUCGGCCAGGUGACACCAUCUCGACCCAUCGCGAUGACGCAGAGUCCGGCACAUUGUGGAAGCGAGAACUAUCCAAGGGCUUCUCUGACGUGGACAGAUGGUUUGCACUGGUGCAGUCUGUUCACGUUGACAGAAACGGGGUGCGUACCUUUGAUGUGAUUUGGUACUACAGACCUGUGGACACGCUCUGCGGGUUGAUGAAAUAUCCAUGGAAUAAUGAGUUGUUUCUCUCAGACCAUUGCUCUUGCUCUGAGAAAGUCAAGAUCGAAGAAAGCGAGGUGCUCGGUGUCCAUGCUGUUGAUUUCUGGGGCACCUCAGCAACAAGCGCGGAGCUCUUUUGCCGGCAGACCUAUCUGCAAGAAGAGAGAAGAUGGGUGACGCUGGAUGGGAAGCAUCUACAAUGCAGGCACACCUCACCAAUACCUGAUGAACAUAUGCCACCCAAGUAUCAGCCAGGGAAGACAUAUCUACUUCGUCUGAACUUGCAAGGUUCAUUUUCCGAGCCUUGUGAGUUUAUGCACACGUCGAGUGAGGGAGGUCGAAGCGUGUAUCACUUCAGGCGACUGUUGCGCCGUCGCCAGGUUGAUCCAGACGCUCGCGAUGCGCGGCCAAAUGAGCUUGUAUACAGCGAGCAAACUUGCAGAGUCAGUAGGGAUCGAAUCAUGGGCCCAUGCUUGGUGAGAUACUUCCGUGAUGAUAAAAAGAUUCCGACGCCGUAUGACCGCGACGGCACGGGAAACCUCUUCUACAUUACACAUCGACAGAUUGUCGUUGAUGGAACGUCGAAGUACGUGCCAGUUGAUGAAGCACCGGCUUCGCUGCAUCAAGGCUUUGAUCCUCACCAGAAGUUGCAGAAGCUUCGCGGAAUGGAUCUUUUCUGCGGAGGCGGCAACUUUGGCAGGGGGCUUGAGGACGGCGGAGGCAUCCAAAUGAAAUGGGCGAAUGACUACGACAGCAAGGCCAUCCACACAUACAUGGCCAACGUCAGAAACCCCGAAGACGUCCACCCAUUCUUGGGGUCAAUUGACGACUUACAACGCCUUGCCAUUGAGGGCAGCUUUGCGGACAACGUGCCCCUGAUUGGAGACGUUGAUUUUGUGUCCGGCGGCAGCCCCUGUCCUGGCUUCUCACGCCUGACCAACGACAAGACGACGGCAGCGCAGAGGAAGAACCAGUCGCUUGUUGCGGCUUUUGCAUCCUUUGUUGACCUCUACCGGCCGAAGUACGGCGUGUUGGAGAAUGUACCUGGGAUGGUCCACAAGAAGGACGACCGAGACCGAGACGUCUUCAGCCAGCUCAUCUGCUCUCUCGUCGGCUUGGGCUACCAGACGCAGUUCUUCUACCUGGACGCAUCGUCUUGCGGGUCGCCGCAGCGCAGAUCCCGCAUCUUCAUCGUGUUUGCCGCCCCAGGACUCGAGCUGCCCGACAAACCGGUGCAAACGCACUCACACCCUCCCAACACGAAAGAGCAUGGGAUCGGAUGGCUGCCCAACGGCCAGCACAUGGCAAGCCGAGAAAUGCCGGCGGCCACGCCCUUCAAGUUCGUCUCUGCGGCAGAAGCGACCGCUGACCUGCCGCCGAUAUACGACGCCAAGCCCGACAUCUGCGUCCCUUACCCGGACCACCGCUCAACAUCAAGCAUGUCAGACUUGCUGCGGGCUCGCAUAUCAGCCAUCCCGACACGACCAUGGGGCAUGAACUUUUCGCAAGCGUGGUUUGGAGAGAAGAAAGUCGGCGGCUCCGGCACGAUGACGGCAGCCGAGCGCGAGCUGUUCAUCGGGACGAAGGGCGAGGGCAAGCAGCCAAUGUCGACGCAGCCCAACUCGAAGUCGUACGGAAGGAUGUUCCCCAACAGGCUCUUUGAGACUGUGGUGACGAGGCAGACGCUGGGUGACGCCAAGAACGGGCGGCUGCUCCAUUGGCGAGAGAAUAGGCUCGUAACCAUCAUGGAAGCGCGCAGGGCACAGGGCUUCCUCGACGAAGACGUCCUGCUCGGCGACCCGCCAACGCAGCACAGGAUCGUAGGCAACAGCGUUGCGAGGCAGCCUGCUGUGGCUCUUGGUGUGACGUUUCGCGAAGCGUGGGUGGCGAGCCUCAAGAGGAACAGAGAGCUGCAGCGCGCGAGUAGUAGCUGUGCUGCUGCCGAGGAAGCUGGCACUUUCACGGAGGACGAAAAGACCCGAAGGAAGGAAAAGCAAACAGAGAUGUGA